AUGGAGCUGAAAUGCAUGCCGCCUGCAGGAAUGCCGCCCCCCAGGGUGUACUGGCUGCGGGGCGAUCAGGUGCUCCAGUCAGACACUGCGGUGCUCGUGACGAGCGAGGGGCAUCUGUUAAUUGGACAGGCUCGCACCCAGGACACUGGAAACUACACCUGCGUCGCCGAGAAUAUCGCUUCGAAAAGGACCGCUCCAAUCUCGCAAAUUAUCGUUUAUGGUGAGUUUGUUUAUUUAGGAUGCGAUGAUGAUUACAGCGGUGAGAUGGAUAGGUUUUGUCCUUCCAUCCCAUCCUUUAUAUAUUCAGGAUGUGUUGGCGUUGUUUAUAUAGAGGAAAGCGAUGAUGACAGCGGUGGGAUGAAGCGUUGA